GGAACACAUUUUGAAACAUGGACAUGAAAGUUUAUAAAAAUGGCAGAAAACCUUAUAUUUUAUAGUGCAGUUCCAGAGAAUUGGACAAACAAAUACAAAAGGGAUGACACAUAAAGCAAGGGAUAACAAUAAGGUCAGUUCUAAUAAAGCUUACUGUAAUUCUGUAACUGAAGGCCUGCAGUUAAAUGUUACCAUCAGUUGGACUUUCCUUGCUAAAUAAAUUGCUCUCUGGAUUUCUGAAUUGAAUCAGUGCUACCAAAAGGAAAGAACAGACAAAAUGACAGAAGAGAUAUCCAAAGCAGAAAAGAAGUACAGUGAGAAAACCUUGGCUGAGAAGUAUAACGAGGUCCUGAGCAAGAAAAAAAAUUUCAAAGUCUCUCCUGAAGAUGUCAAUGGACUGGCACCAGUAUGGUUCAUCAUAAUAAUGAUUUGCGUGUUAUAUAUAGGACAAUUAUACAUUGUCCCUGUUGUGAAUGCAACCUACCAGCUGUCUUUUAGUAGUGAGUGUUUCUUCUAUUGGAUUUUAUACUCUGCAUUCUUUGAGUUGCUGGUAAACUGGUAUUAUAUACGCAAUGUAGGAAAUAUAUAUGGACAUGCACAUGCAGUUAAAAAGGAUGAUAACCAUGUGCAUAUUAGUGAGGUUAAUGUAUCUGAUAAAGGUCAAAAUCAAUGGACAAUAGAUGGCAGAGACAUGGCACAGACAGAGAAACUUGAACCAACAGAGAAAAAAGAUACUGAAAAGAAUAAAGAAUCAUUGGUAUAUAAACGCUUUAAAGGAGAUGGUCAGAUCUAUGCUGUGAAAAUGCCUACAAAUGGAGCUAAAUCUAAACAAACAGUCAUGUACUCAUACUGGUCAUGGAAGCCAUGUUUAAUAUGCCAAUAUAAUGUUCCACCAAGAGCUCAUCACUGCCCACUGUGUAAAGUAUGCAUUCUGAAACAUGAUCACCAUUGUUACUUCACAGGUCGAUGCAUUGGACUGAACAACCAACGUCACUUUAUUGUUUUUACAUUCUGGGCAAUACUUGGGAGUGCCAUAUACCUAGCAUACACUCUGUUUUAUUCAUACAUUAUGAUCUGCCACCUUGGAGAAUUAUCUUGGAUUGAUAUCUUUCUACCUGCUACAUUUGUCCGUUGGUGUAUGGGAUAUACUGCAUUCUGUCAUGUGAUCUUAUAUUUUGUGAUUUAUAGUUUAGUAUUUUUUAUAAUCCUCUCUUUAAAGUAUAUAAUAUUUCAGCUGACAUUUAUAAGGAAAGGUGUAACUGCAUUCGAAUUUGAAUGCAACAUCGAAAUCAAGAAUACAAAUUCUUUUCACAAGGAACUUAAAUCAGUAUUUGGUGAUCAUGGAUAUAUGAAUUUUAUUUUUCCUUGCCACAAUAUCUUCCCGAUUAAACAAAAUGCUCUUGAUUGGCCAAAUAUUAAACAAUAAAACAAGGACUAGUCUGAACUAGUCUGUCUAUUACCAAACAAUGAAACAAGGAACUAGUCUGUCUUUCAUCAAACAAUGAAACUAGGAUAUCAUUUGUUCAAAUUUCGGACAAUGAAAUUAGGAAAUAUAUAAAAUAAAACCAAAAUUUAUAUCAAAGAUUCAUGACUGUAUAAUGCUCAUAAAAUGUUUUAAUUGUGCUCUCAAACAUGUACAGGUAGUAGUAUGUAAGUACAUCUUGGGACCUUGGCCAUAAUAAGUUAUCUUGCAACACACAACAUGGCAUGUGUAAAUUCAUUGGGUUUUAGCUAAGAGCUCUCAAUUGGUUUUAAGGACCCAAUUGGACUAAUGAAAUACCAUGAAGUACAUGUAUUUUGCCAUAUUCAGUAGAGCAUUUUAAUAGCUAGAGCUUGGCUAACUAUUUUGAGAAAUUCAGAAUAUCAUAAAUGUCAUUCUAUAGUACUAUUGCACAUGCAUUUGUUAAUCAGCAAACUUCAAAUUACUAAUCAAAGAACUCUCUCCAAGAAUUCUUAGAUAUAGUAAUAGGUUAAUAAAUAGGUACAAUUGCUCAUGUUUUUUAAACUUAGUAUUGUUUACUUUAUUGUUUCAUUCAAUGUAAUGUGGAAUAUAUUGUGGUAAAUACAAGAUCAAAGGACAAUAUUUGAAAGUACAAAAGUGACAAAUCAUAAGUUAGACUGAACGAGUUGAGUCUGCAAUUUAUUUUUAGUUUGAUUUUAUAGUUGUAUAGUUCUGGUUAUGAGAACAUCUUAUGAGCAUUGAUUCAAAAAGUGUAUACUGUUAAAAUAAAGAAGUUAAUAGUGAAUAACUGAAUAAAGAAAAAAA